AUGAUGCGCUCCGUGAUCCCUCUGAUCGCCUCGUUCGCUUCGCUUGCCGCUGCCAUUGAAAUCACCAAUCCCGCUGCCAACACGACCUACGCAGCCGGGUCCACCAUCACCGUCGAGUGGACCAGCGUCGAUACCGAUCCUACCAACUUCAGUCUCUAUCUUUGGAACUUUGUGUCCUGGCCUCCAUCUUAUGUUCCGCUGGCUGUAGACGUUCCUACGUCGGAUCUGUCUCACUCUGUCCAAAUCCCCUGCGACACCAAUCCCGAAUGGGGCUACCAGAUCAGCGGCAUCAACGGCACCAACGUCUACAUCAUCUACGCACAGGGAGAGAAGUUCACUGUCUCGGACCCCGUCAAUAGCACGGCAUGUGUGGACACUACCCCAUUGUCGACCACUUCCACCUGCCCCAGCGCUGCGGCGUCUACCGUUUAUGUCACGGUGAGCCCUACCGGUCCCAGCUCCCGUCCUUUCCAUCAUCAUCAUCAUCACUCCCACGUCCUUCCUGCUCCGUCACCCAGCACCGCCAGCACUUUUACCUCUGAACAUGUGAAGCCCGGAAUCGUGCCUAAGACUAUUGGUUGGUGCUCAGACUAUUCCCACCCUGUGACCUUGGACAAGGUUCCCACCCCGACCCUUUUAACGGCCACCGAUAAUGGAUCCGGUGAUUCGCCGGUGGUAACCGCGGCACCGACCCAGAUCACUGAUGCUCGUGGCCCUCGCACAACGACUAUCAAAAAUACUGUGAGCGUGAUGGCUUGUCCGAAGGUGGAUGCUAUUUAA